AGGGAAGUGCCACGGUGUCCAACAGAGGCGAACGUUACAGUAGUUUGUGUGGUUAUAGUGGUUGUGAGAUAUCAAGCCAGAGUCCACUGUGCAUUUUACUGUUUGCAUUUAUUUUCCUUCAGGUGUUAUUAUAUGAAAACUCCAAUCUGGAUCGCAGCGGUAACAACAGGAAGAAGAUAGAGGAAUUCUCUAGGUCUUCUCGUGACAAACUGGUCCAGUCGAAGAACAAAAUGUUCUCCAAAUUUACAUCGAUUCUACAGCACGCAGUCGAGGCGGUGAGUUUUUCAUUGAUGUGGAAGAUGUCAAACCGCUGGAAGAAAGGUUCAAUCGAGGUCGGAGACAAUUGGGCCCAACUGGACGUUCUAUUGAAGUUAACCACAUAACUGUUAGCGUAUGCUAGUUAGCUUUGCCAGAUGUGAGCCUAGGUGCUGCUGACGCUAACAACAGAGGUGUACAACAACACAAGUUUCGCUCUGGUUUUAGGGCUUGUUUCACUUCAUAUAAACCAAUGUGAUUUAAAUAAUUAGCUAAAGCUGUUAGCUACAUUGCCCUGAUUGUGGCUGGGCUAGCUAACGUUAUCUAGCUAGCAAGCUAAUGUUUACGUCUCGGCAAAUCUGUUUUUAUUUUAUUUAAAGAUGAGCUUGAAAUGGGCGCAUGGUCUAAUUGAGUCAACAACCCAGAAAACAAAUCUAAGUUUAGCUUUCCUAACGAACUAAGUUAACCCUAAGGCCGGCAGAUCAAUUAUUUGUGUAUGUUUGUCAAAGCUGGUUAACUCAUUGAAACUGCUUUGUAUACCCCUCUGCCUCUGACCUUUUAACGUUACCAUAUGGGUUUCCUGUCAAGCAAGAAAGACAAAUUAAUUGUGAUGUACAUGCUAGUUAGUCGGCUACUCAACGUUUGUUGCUGUCAAACGUUAGCAAGGGUUCCAUCUCUGGUGGAUUUCUCAACACCCUUGUUGAUAAGAUGUGACUUGUCGACAUUGCGCAAACGAGUGACUGUACAAAAGCUAUUUAUACAGUUUAUAAGACACUACAUUUGGGGACUACAAGGAGUAGGCCUACAUGUCCUAUGUGCAGAGAGAGUGAAAAGAUCUGCUUGAGCAGAUUACAUGUUUGUGCAUCUUGCCUGGACAAGAGAGUCUGGUUGCUUUACACACAUACUGGCUGAAGGCCUGUAAUAAAGAUUGCUAAACUAAUUAAUCAGACACUGGACUAAUCCCAUCCUCAUAUCUCAAUAUUGUGUGAUAAACAUCGUUUUGAUUUCAUCUCUCUUUCCGUUUCAGCUUGCGCCUUCACUGCCCUUGCAGGAGGACUUUGUGUAUCACUGGAAAGCCAUCACACAUUAUUACAUAGAGACAUCAGGUAAGACCAAAUCAACAGCACUUAAUAGACAUCAAGUAUGAGUUUCAAAUCACUGUAAACAGACAUGGAGUAUAGAUAUGUUAUCAAUGAUGUAUUACCUGUAAUGACAAUAUGCAUCGAAAGCAAUGUUUGUUUGUUUCGUCUGUGUCAGAUGACAAAGCCCCCGUGACAGACACCAACAUCCCGUCCCAUCUGGAGCAGAUGCUGGACAUCCUGACGCAGGAGGAGUCAGAGAGGGAGUCUGGAGAGACUGGGCCCUGCAUGGAGUACCUGCUGCACCACAAGAUCCUAGAGACCCUCUUCACCCUGGGCAAGGCCGAUGUAAGGGGAACAAUGCCCUUUUCACACUAUCAUGCCGACUCAAACCACACUGGACUGGCUCUGACAGUUUCUUUUCACAUUGUCCUUUUCAGCAACUUUAGUGGAUGUAUACCCAGGCCAGCACAGUACAGCAAGACUUGGCUCAGUAGUGUGAAAAAAGUAAAAGACCUAACUGCACUCUGUUGGAUAGUUAGCCUAUACCAAACCAUGUUAGAAAGACCAGAUCAAGUAUGAAAAGUACCAUGAUGUUUCUUAAUCUUAAUCUAUUGGUGUUGUUUUGUUUCUAUCAGUGUCCUCCGGGAAUGAAGCAGCAGGUCCUGAGUUUCUACACCAAGCUGCUAGGACGCAUUCACCAGCCUCUUCUGCCCCACAUCAAUGUCCAUAGACCUGUACAGGUGAGAUCCAAGCUGUUUUACUUUGGUCGAUAUGGAUGGUUUUAACACGAUAUGGAUGGUUUUAACACAUGAAUGUGUUUUACUAUGUAGAUGUGUCAUUUGUACACUGUUUCAGUGUGAUGUAAUGUGUCUCCCUUGUUGUCUCCUCAGAAACUCAUCCGUCUGUGUGGAGAGAUCCUGGCUGCUCCCACGGAGAACGAGGAGAUCCAGUUCCUCUGCAUUGUCUGUGCCAAACUAAAGCAGGACCCCUACCUCGUUAACUUCUUCCUGGAGGUAAGUAUGAUGUCCAUAUGAUGCUACCAUAACAGAGACAGCAGGGUUGUGUUCAUUAGGCACCAAACGCUCUGAAAUAGAUUAAAAUAGAGAGGUACUAUCUGUACUUAUCCAAUAAAUAAAAAAAAGCCAAAUUUCGUUUUAUGUUUAUGCUCCAAUGAAAACGACCCAGGGCGUUUCAGUAAGGUGACUAGAGAGAAAGCUCAACUGAUGUCACACAGUUUGAAUCCUUCAAUGUUUAUUUUCUUGUAUCUCCUGGUUCACAGAAUAAAGUGAAGAGACCUGACCCAAAGAGUCCCGGUGCAGAGGGGGUUAGAGAGGACUUGGCUUCACCAGACACAGGUCAGCCCCAGGCAGAGGGACAGGCAGCUGAACCACCUGAGGAGCCCAAGGCUGCUGCUGCCCAGUCCAACAACUACAACAUAGUCACGUCUCUCCUCAACCUCACCAAGAGUCCGGUCAGUUCCUCCUCAUACCACAAAUCUGGGACCAGGUUACUCAUCCCACACUGAUGUUGGAUGUAGUCUGUUUUGAUUUGAGGUUGCAGUGGGAAUAGGCUUAGUGGUGUUUUUAAUGUAGCUUGAACUGUCUUUGUGUUGUUUGAGUAGCAUCUAUAUUCAUGCUUUCCCCUCUCUCUCUCUGUCUCUGUCUCUGUCUCUGUCUCUGUCUCUGUCUCUGUCUCUGUCUCUGUCUCUCUCUCUCUGUCUCUGUCUCUCAGGAUGGCAGGAUAGUGGUGAAGGCGUGCGAGGGCCUCAUGCUGCUGGUCAGUCUGCCCGAGCCGGCCGCUGCCAAGUGUCUGACGGAAAACACUGAGCUCUGUGAGCUCCUGACUGACAGACUGUCAGCCUUCUACAAGGCUCUCCCCACGUCCAUGGAUCCCCUGGACAUUGAGACAGUGGAGUCAGUCAACUGGGGGUGAGGCUUUGCUGUCCGCUCCUCAAGCUUCCUCUGCUUUGUCAGAGAGACAGUGCCUUCAGAAAGUAUGCAUACUCCUUGAAUUUUUCCAAAUUUUGUUGUGUUACAGCCUGAAUUUAAAAUUGAUUAUAUUUUGAUUUUGUUUCACUGGCCUACACACAAUACCCCAUAAUGGCAAUGUGGAAUUAUGUUUUUAGAAAGGUUUACAAAUUAAUUAAAAAUUAAAAGCCGAAAAGUAUUGAGUCAGAGUAUUCACCCCCUUUGUUAUGGCAUGUAUAAUUAAGUUUAGGAGUAGAAAUGUGCUUAACAAGUCACAUAAUAAGUUGCAUGGACUCACUCUGUGUGCAAUAAUAGUGUUUAACAUUAAUUUUGAAUGACUACCUCAUUUAGGUACCACACACACAAUUAUCUGUAAGGUCCCCCAGUUGAUCAGUGAAUUUCAAACACCGAUUCAACCACAAAGACCAGGGAGGUUAUUCAAUGGCUUGCAAAGAAGGGCACCUAUUGGGAAAAUGGUACAAAUAAAAAAAGCUGACAUUUAUUAUCCCUUUGAGCACGGUGAAGUUAUUAAUUCCACUUUGGAUGGUGUAUCAAUACACCCAGUCACUACAAAGAUACAGGCGUCCUUCCUAACUCAGUUGCCGGAAAGGAAGGAAACCGCUCAGGGAUUUCACCAUGAGGCCAAUGGUGACUUUAAAACAGUUACAAAGUUUAAUGGCUGUGAUAGAACUGAGGAUGAAUCAACUAUAUUGUAGUUACUCCACAAUACUAACCUAAAUGAGAGUGAAAAGAAGGAAGCCUGUACAUAAUACAAAUAUUCCAAAACAAGCAUCCUGUUUGCAAUAAUGUCCUGAAUACAAAGUGUUAUGUUUGGGGCAAACACAACACAUCACUGAGUACCACCUGGUUGUCUGCUUUCCAACAGACACUAGAAUACAUUUACCUUUCAACAGAACAAUAACUUAAAACAGAAGGCCAAAUAUACACUGGAGUUGCUUACCAAGAUUACAUUUAAUGUUCCUGAGUGGCCAAGUUGCAGUUUUAACUUAAAUCGGUUUGAAAAUCUAUGGCAAGACUUCAAAAUGGCUUUCUAGCAAUGAUCAACAACCAACUUGAUAGAGCUUGAAUAAUUUUUUAAAGAAUAAUGUGCACCUGUUGUAUUCGGCGCAUGUGACCAAUAAAAUUUGAUUUGAAAUAUCGUACAAUCCAAGUGUGCAAAGCUCUUAGAGACUUACUCAGAAAGACUCACAGGUGUAAUCGCUGCCAAAGGUGAUUCUAACAUGUAUUGACUCAGGGGUGUGAAUACUUAUGUUAAUGAGAUAUUUCUGUAUUUAAUUUUCAAUAAAUUAGCAAAAAUGUCUAAAAACAGGUUUUCUCUGUCAUUAUGGGGCAUUGUGUGUAGAUGGUUGAUGGGAAAAAUCGAUGUAAUCUAUUUUGAAUUCAGGCUGUAACACAACAAAAUGUGGAAUAGGUCAAGGGAUAUGUAUGAAAAAUGUAUGCACUCACUAACUGUAAGUCACUCUGGAUAAGAGCGUCUGCUAAAAAUGGCAAUAAAAAAAUAUGAAUACUUUUUUGAAGGCACUGUAAUGCUACAUAUAUUUUGUGUCCCUAUAUAUAUAUUGUUUAACCUUUAUUUAACUAGGUAAGCCAGUUGAGAACAAGUUCUCAUUUACAACUGCGACCUGGCUAAGAUAAAGCAAAGCAGUGCUAUAAAAACAACAACACAGUUACAUAUGGGGUAAACAAAACAUACAGUCAAUAACACAAUAGAAAAUCUAUAUACUGUGUGUGCGAAUGUAGUAAAUUAUGGAGGGAAGGCAAUAAAUAGGCCAUAGUGCAAAAUAGUUACAAUUUCAUAUUAACACUGGAAUGAUAGAUGUGCAAAAGAUGAUGUGCAAAUAGAGAUACUGGGGUGCAAAUUAGCAAAAUAAAUAACAAUAUGGGAAUGAGGUAGUUGGAUGGGCUAAUUUCAGAAUGGCUGUGUGCAGGUGCAGUGAUCGGUAAGCUGCUCUGACAACUGACGCUUAAAGUUAGUGAGGGAGAUACAGUGGGGAGAACAAGUAUUUGAUACACUGCCGAUUUUGCAGGUUUUCCUACUUACAAAGCAUGUAGAGGUCUGUCAUUUUUAUCAUAGGUACACUUCAACUGUGAGAGACGGAAUCUAAAACAAAAAUCCUGAAAAUCACAUUUGUAUGAUUUUUAAGUAAUUAAUUUGCAUUUUAUUGCAUGGCAUAAGUAUUUGAUACAUCAGAAAAGCAGAACUUAAUAUUUGGUACAGAAACCUUUAUUUGCAAUUACAGAGAUCAUACGUUUCCUGUAGGUCUUGACCAGGUUUGCACACACUGCAGCAGGGAUUUUGGCCCACUCCUCCAUACAGACCUUCUCCAGAUCCUUCAGGUUUCGGGGCUGUCGCUGGGCAAUACGGACUUUCAGCUCCCUCCAAAGAUGUUCUAUUGGGUUCAGGUCUGGAGACUGGCUAGGCCACUCCAGGACCUUGAGAUGCUUCUUACGGAGCCACUCCUUAGUUGCCCUGGCUGUGUGUUUCGGGUCGUUGUCAUGCUGGAAGAACCAGCCACGACCCAUCUUCAAUGCUCUUACUGAGGGAAGGAGGUGGUUGGCCAAGAUCUCGCGAUACAUGGCCCCAUCCAUCCUCCCCUCAAUAUGGUGCAGUCGUCCUGUCCCCUUUGCAGAAAAGCAUCCCCAAAGAAUGAUGUUUCCACCUCCAUGCUUCACGGUUGGGAUAGUGUUCUUGGGGUUGUACUCAUCCUUCUUCUUCCUCCAAACACGGCGAGUGGAGUUUAGACCAAAAAGCUCAAUUUUUGUCUCAUCAGACCACAUUACCUUCUCCCAUUCCUCCUCUGGAUCAUCCAGAAUGUCAUUGGCAAACUUUAGACGGGCCUGGACAUGCGCUGGCUUGAGCAGGGGGACCUUGCGUGCGCUGCAGGAUUUUAAUCCAUGACGGCGUAGUGUGUUACUAAUGGUUUUCUUUGAGACUGUGGUCCCAGCUCUCUUCAGGUCAUUAACCGGGUCCUGCCGUGUAGUUCUGGUCUGAUCCCUCACCUUCCUCAUGAUCAUUGAUGCCCCACGAGGUGAGAUCUUGCAUGGAGCCCCAGACCGAGGUUGAUUGACCGUCAUCUUGAACUUCUUCCAUUUUCUAAUAAUUGCGCCAACAGUUGUUGCCUUCUCAGCAAGCUGUUUGCCUAUUGUCCUGUAGCCCAUCCCACUUACUGGUUGGUAGGUGAUCAAAUACUUAUGUCAUGCAAUAAAAUGCAAAUGAAUUACUUAAAAAUCAUACAAUGUGUUUUUCUGGAUUCCGUCUCUCACAGUUGAAGUGUACCUAUGAUAAAAAUUACAGACCUCUACAUGCUUUGUAAGUAGGAAAACCUGCAAAAUCGGCAGUGUAUCAAAUACUUGUUCUCCCCACUGUAAGAGUCUCCAGCUUCAGAGAUUUUUGCAGUUCGUUCCAGUCAUUGGCAGCAGAGAACUGGAAGGAAUGGCGGCUAAAGGAGGUGUUGGCUUUGGGGAUGACCAGUGAGAUAUACCUGCUGGAGCGCAGACUACGAGUGGGUGUUGCUAUGGUGACCAGUGGGCUAAGAUAAGACAGGGAUUUACCUAGCAGUGAUUUAUAGAUGACCUGGAACCAGUGGAUUUGGCGACGAAUAUGUAGUGAGGGCCAGCCAACAAGAGCGUACAGGUCACAAUGGUGGGUAGUAUAUGGGGCUUUGGUGACAAAACGGAUGGCACUGUGAUAGACUACAUCCAAUUUGCUGAGUAGAGUGUUGGAGGCUAUUUUGUAAAUGACAUCGCCGAAGUCAAGGAUCGGUAGGAUAGUCCGUUUUACGAGGGCAUGUUUGGCAGUAUGAGUGAAGGAGGCUUUGUUGCGAAAUAGGAAGCCGAUUCUAGAUUUAACUUUUGAUUGGAGAUGCUUAAUGUGAGUCUGGAAGGAGAGUUUACAGUCUAACCAGACACCUAGGUAUUUGUAGUUGUCCACAUACUCUAGGUCAGACCCGCCGAGAGUAGUGAUUCUAGUCAGGUGGGCGGGUGCAAGCAGCGUUCGGUUGAAGAGCAUGCAUUUAGUUUUACUAGUGUUUAAGAGCAGUUGGAGGCUACGGAGGGAGUGUUGUAUGGCAUUGAAGCUCGUUUGGAGGUUUGUUAACACAGUGUCCAAUGAAGGGCCAGAUGUAUACAAAAUGGUGUCGUCCGCAUAGAGGUGGAUCCGAGCGUCACCAGCAGCAAGAGACAUCAUUGAUAUACACAGAGAAUAGAGUCGGCCCGAGAAUUGAACCCUGUGGCACCCCCAUAGAGACUGCCAGAGGUCCAGACAACAGGCCAUCCGAUUUGACACAUUGAACUCUAUCUGAGAAGUAGUUGGUGAACCAGGCGAGGCAGUCAUUUGAGAAACCAAGGCUAUUUAGUCUGCCAAUAAGAAGAAUGCGGUGGUUGACAGAGUCGAAAGCCUUGGCCAAGUCGAUGAAGACGGCUGCGCAGUACUGUCUUUUAUCGAUCGCGGUUAUAAUAUCGUUUAGGAUCUUGAGCGUGGCUGAGGUGCACCCAAGGGGUGGGGGGGCAAGUUGCAGCGGAGGGUGCAGAGCUGGUGGCCGGGGUAGUGGAAGCCAGGUGGAAAGCAUGGCCAGCCGUAGCAAAAUGCUUGUUGAAAUUCUCGAUUAUUGUAGAUUUAUCGGUGAUGACAGUGUUUCCUAGCCUCAGUGCAGUGGGCAGUUGGGAGGAGGUGCUCUUAUUCUCCAUGGACUUUAGUGUCCCAAAACUUUUUGGAGUUAGUGCUACAGGAUGCAAAUUUCUGUUUGAAAAAGCUAGCCUUUGCUUUCCUAACUGAUUGUGUAUAUUGGUUCCUGACUUCCCUGAAAAGUUGCAUAUCGCGGGGGCUGUUCGAUGCUAAUGCAGUACGCCACAGGAUGUUUUUGUGCUGGUCAAGGGUAGUCAAGUCUGAGGAGAACCAGGGGCUAUAUCUGUUCUUAGUUUUGAAUUUUUUGAUUGAGAGGAAAGCACUUUUAAAGAACAACCAGGCAUCCUCUACUGAAGGAAUGAGGUCAAUAUCCAUCCAGGAUACCCGAGCCAGGUCAAUUAGAAAGGCUUGCUCGCUAAAGUGUUUUAGGGAGCGUUUGACAGUGAUGAGGGGUGGUCGUUUGACCGCGGACCCAUUACGGACGCAGGCAAUAAGGCAGUGAUCGCUGAGAUCCUGGUUGAAGACAGCGGAGGUGUAUUUAGAGGGUAAAUUUGUCAGGAUGGUAUCUAUGAGGGUGCCCAUGUUUACAGAUUUAGGGUUGUACCUGGUAGGUUCGUUGAUAAUUUGUGUGAGAUUGAGGGCAUCUACUUUAGAUUGUAGGUUGGCCGGGGUGUUAAGCAUAUCCCAGUUUAGGUCACCAAGCAGUACGAACUCUGAGGAUAGAUGGGGGGCAAUCAGUUCACCAUAUGGUGUCCAGGGCACAGCUCGGGGCUGAGGGGGGUCUGUAGCAAGCGGCAACAGUCAGAGACUUAUUUCUGGAAAGGUGGAUUUUUAGAAAUAGAAGCUCAAACUGUUUGGGCACAGACCUGGAUAGUAUGAUAGAGCUCUGCAGGCUAUCUCUACAGUAGAUUGCAACCCCACCCCCUUUGGCAGUUCUAUCGAGACGGAAAAUGUUGUAGUUGGGGAUGGACAUUUCUGAAUUUUUGGUGGCCUUCCUAAGCCAGGAUUCAGACACUGCUAGAACAUCAGGGUUGGCGGAGUGUGCUAACGCAGUUAAUAACUCAAACUUAGGGAGGAGGCUUCUGAUGUUAACGUGCAAGAAACCCAGGCUUUUACGGUUACAGAAGUCAACAAAUGAUAAUGCCUGGGGAGUAGGAGUGAUACUGGGGGCUACAGGGCCUGGGUUAACCUCUACAUCACCAGAGGAACAGAGGAGGAGUAGAAUAAGGAUACGGCUAAAUGCUUUAAGAACUGGUCUUCUAGUGCGUUGGGUACAGAGAAAAAAAGGGGCAGAUUUACGGGCAUUGUAGAGUAGAUUCAGGACAUUAUGUACAGACAAGGAUAUGAGUACAGUGGAGGUAAACCUAAGCGUUGGGUAACGAUGAAAGAGAUAGCAUCACUGGCGGCACCGAUUGAGUUGGUCUCCGCGUGUAUGGGGGGUGGGACAAAGGAGCUGUCUAAGGCAGGUUGGGCAGGGCUGGGUGCUCUACAGUGAAAUAGUACAAUAAGAAAUAACCGAAACAGCAAUAAGCAAGGCAUAUUGACAAAUGGCACCCUAUUCCCUAUAUAGUGCACUACUUUUGACCAGGGCCCAUUUAAUCUCGGAAACCCAGAACUAAAAUCAUGUGUGAUUGCGUCAGAUGCUCCAUCAUGUUCUGGGGGAGAUGUAUGAGAAAAGAUACUAACCAGACUAGCGAAGUCUCAACCUCCUAAACGGAAACUCUCAACCAAAGCAUGGGCCAAAUAUCCCCUCCCGAAAUUCGAAACAUGCGAACAACUGCGAAAUCGUGAUUUGUCCAAAUGAUCAGUGACGAAUAAAUCAAAAAUGUCUCGUUAGUCUGGUGAUGGGCGCUACGAUGCCAGCCUAUGUUACGUGUGUCUGUCUAAGAGAGAUUAGGGCACAUAGACUACUUAUGGGCCCUGGUCAAAAGUAUUGCACUAUAUGGGUACGUUUGGGACACGUAUGCGGCAUACCCCCUCUCUAAAUUAGUAUCAGUGAAUGGUCUGCCAAGGGAAAAUUGUAGGGAUGUGCAUCUUUCUCUUUCAAGAUUAUUCGAUAUGUAUCUAGACACAUGGGCUCCGAUGCAAUACAGGAACGAUACGUUUUAGUUUGAAAUUAUUAGGUUUGAUUAGAGAAAGAAUCGAUGCGAUAAGAUUCUAUGCAGUAACAUUUGUUGCAUAAACAUUCAUUUUCCAUUCUACACUGAACAUAAAUAUAAACGCAAUAUGUAAAGUGUUGGUCCCAUGUUUCAUGAGCUGAAAUAAAAGAUCUCCGAAAUGUUCCAUGCACAAAAAAGGUUAUUUCUCUCAAAUGUUGUGUACAAAUCUGUUUAUAUCUCUGUUAGUGAGCAUUUCUCCUUUGCCAAGAUAAUCCAUCCACCUGACAGGUGUGGCAUAUCAAGAAGCUGAAUGAACAGCAUGCUCAUUACAUAGGUGUACCUUGUGUUGGAGACAAUGAAUGGCCACUCUAAAAUGUGCAGUUUUGUCACAAAACACAAUGCCACAGAUGUCUCAAGUUUUGAAGGUGCGUGCAAUUGGCAUGCUGACUGCAAGAAUGUCCACCAGAGCUCUUGUCAGAGAAUGUAUUGUUAAUUUCUCUACCAUAAGCCGUUUGAGAUUUUGGCAGUACGUCCUACCAGCCUCACAACCGCAGACCACAUGUAUGGCGUCGUGUGGGCGAGCAGUUUUCUGAUUUUGAAGUUGUGAAGUUGUGAAGAGUGCCCCAUGGUGGCGGUGGAGUUAUGGUAUGGGCAGGCAUACGCUACGGAAAACGAACACAAUUACAUUUUAUUGAUGGCAAUUUGAAUGCACAGAGACACCAUGAUGAAAUCCUGAGGCCUAUUGUCAUGCCAUUCACCACAUGUUUCAGCAUGAUAAUGCACGGCCCCAUGUUCCAAGGAUCUGUACACAAUUCCUGAAAGCUGAAAAUGUCCCAGCUCUUCCUUGGCCUACGUACUCACCAGACAUCACCCAUUGAGCAUGUUUGGGAUGCUCUGGAUCGACGUGUACGACAGCGUGUUCCAGUUCCCGCCAAUUUCCAGCAACUUCACACAACCAUUGAAGAGGAGUGAGACAACAUUCCACAUGCCACAAUCAACAGCCUGAUCCACUUUAUGCGAAGGAGACGUGUCACGCUGCAUGAGGCAAAUGACUGGUUUUCUGAUCCGCGCCCCUACGUUUUUUUAAGGUAUCUUUGACCAACAGAUACAUAUCUGUAUUCCCAGUCAUGUGAAAUCCAUAGGGCCUAAUUUAUUCAUUUCGAUUGACUGAUUUCCUUAUAUGAACUGUAACUCAGUAAAAUCUUUUAAAUUGUUGCAUGUUGCGUUUAUAUUUUUGUUCAGUAUAAAUUACAAUCUGCUGCUGAUUUAGCUCAUGAGCUGGGCCUCUCUGAGCUGACCUGUGUGUGUCUGUGUAAAAAAACAUUAGGAACACCUUCUAAUAUUGAGUUGCACCCACUUUUGCCCUCAGAACAUCCUCAAUUCGUCAGGGCAUGCUCUACAAGGUGUCGAAAGCGUUCCACAGGGAUGCUGGCCCAUGUUGAAUGCAAUGCUUCCCACAGUUGUCAAGUUGGCUGGAUGUCCUUUGGGUGGUGGACCAUUCUUGAUACACAAACUGUUAAGCGUGGAAAAACCCAGCAGCGUUGCAGUUCUUGACACACUCAAACCAGUGCACCUGGCACCUACUACCAUACCCCGUUCAAAGGCACUUAAAUCUUUUGACUUGAUUUCACCCCUAUCUCAAAAUCGAAUGGUUUUGACCGUUUCGAAGUUUUUUCAGAGCGAUCUUCUCCUUUCGCUUCGGCCAUGCAGUGCGCCUCGAAAUUAUCAACUUUACCCUAUUGUUUAAAGCAAAACUACCUAAACUAUUGCUGAUGGUGAACCUGGACAAUCCAAAUAAAGUAUAUUGUAAGCCCCAUUCAGCAGGUAUAGCCAGAUGAGAGUUGGCUCCUGUAGCUUACUUUUAUUCCGAUAAAACACAAUUUUCAACAGCACAUAGAUAACAAUAACCUAGCAAAUUACAUAGGUUGUCACUCAACUAAUAAAGCCUAAUAUCACGUAAGCCAGAUGUGCAAGAUCAGGAACAGGCCUCCAACCUCGCCUUGGUCAGCGCGCAAAACUGGGCACAGUGUGCAGUUUGACAAUGCUACUGAUAUUGCCUGGUGGUGUUUGUCACGUAUGCACAAUUAUUUGUAGAUCAAUGACUGUCAACGCAGUUACAUGCAGUUCAACACUGAAAGAGCGGACACAACAGUUGUCACAAAAUGACGUAUUUUAGGAAGGUACAAAGAAUGUAAUAUGAGCAAAACAAUUUAGUGAACCGCCGAUUCAAACGUUACGAGUCUGUUUUCUGACCAAUGGAUGCUACAUUUGGAUUGGUUUGGUUUAAAUCGGUUUGGGGUCCGCAGACCGAUGAAUGAUCAUUUGAAUCGGGAACUGAUGCGUAUCGGUGAAUCGUUACAUCCCUAGAAAAUUGGUUAAUCAAUUGAGUGUGAUGAUUUAUCAAUGCUAACCCUGUUUUAGUUGCACUGGACAUUUAACAAGCUACAUUAGACCCCAUCAAGCUAAAAGCCCCCCUGAGAGAAACCUAUGGCCAAACGCUGGCCUCAGUUCAAAAUAGAAACAUUACACGAUUCCUCAGUUAAAACACAACAAAUAUCUCUAUCCGAGUUAAGACAACUAUAGAAUGAAUAUACAUCUUGAUCAGUUAAGAAUCGGCAUCAGAAAAGUAUAGUACCUCAAUUGUCUCUGGUGUCCGUUACAGACUGGAUGUGUAUAACAUGAAGGAUGAUGCUGCCAUCUUCACUGGGAAGCGAGCGCUCAUCUCCUUCCUGUCUUGGCUCGAUUACUGUGACCAGCUCAUCAAAGAGGCUCAGAAGGUAACAACACUGACACACCAUUGACUGGGAAAUGCUUUAAAUAGAAGGCACAGUGACUUGUUAGAAUUUAAUUCAGCAAAAACAUAAGAUAAUACAAUUAGCUAUAUAUUCAAGUCUCACAAAGACUUAUAUUACGUACAUCUAUAGUUUUUAUAUCAAAGUGACUUUGUGAGUAAUUAGACAUUUCUUGGUCUUUUACCCUAAGACGGCUGCUGCAGUGUUGGCUAAAGCAGUGAGAGAGAGGUUCUUUGUGGCGGUCAUGGAGCCCCAGCUGAUGCAGACGUAAGUCCCUAUUCAGAAUCCUCAGGGGAACACUCAUAGGUUCCUCUCUUCGUUUGAAUGUGUAUGUAUGACUGCCCCUGACUAGAUCCAUUGACAAUGAAAGAUGAUAAUGCUGUGUCAGCGGAUGACGGUGUCCCUUCUGUCCCCUGUUUAGGUCAGAGGUGGGCGUCCUGACCUCCACGGCUUUGCUGAACAGGAUCAUCCGCCAGGUGACCUCGGAGGCCCUGCUGCAGGACAUGGUCUACUUCCUCCUGGGGGAGGAGAAAGGACCAGAGACGCUAGCCAGCACUGCCCAGAACCCCCUCCGACACAGACUCAUAGAGCACUGUGACCAUCUGUCAGAUGAGGUGACCACCCAUAUUCAUGCAUAAUACUCUGUUGGCUACACCUUGAUACACACUCUGCCUCUGGUGGUUGGGUUUGACAUGGGACAAAUAUAUUGUAUUUUUCCAAUGUGAUGCUGCGGAAGUAGUGAAGACUGUUUGGUCUCCUAGUCAAAGAAAUGCCCCAACGCGUUAUAUGUUAGCGUGAACACUGCUCCUUCAUGGAACUCCCUGUCAGCGAAGCCUUUCGUCCGGGCGCCUGCCAUCCUGUGCGCGCUCCCUCACCACAUUGGCAGAGAAACAACAGGCUGGGGGUUCGGCGGGGAAACUCGUUUAAACCUGGCUAAAAACAGUCUUAUGCCUAGUAGCAUAAUUAUAGUGAUAUUUUCCUAUGCACUGCAUUCUUUGCCUUCCUUUUAGACAGAAUAAAAAAAAAAAAAGGGUUGGGCGAAUAACUUGAAAAAUGUAAUCCAUAAGCCUACUAAUGCAUUCAUUAAUAAAUGUCAAACGUGCACAUAGUCAAUUUGAGAAACUGAAAGAAAAAAUACAUUUCAAUCUUGUAAUAAUUUAUAUUCUUUCAAUUUGCACAGGUAGGAAAGUGCCCAGACGACUGUGUGCUGAUUGACCAGUAGGCUAGGUGUGAAUGUUCUGAAGCUUAAUUCUAAUCAAUCAUGAAUAAAAUCUGAAACCCAUCAACACCUUAUGGGCCAUCAGCGGGACAAAACUCUUGCUGAGUCUAUGAAAUGGUGCGCUGUUAACGGCAGCACCGCUUUAUCAAAUGUUAAACUUGAUAUUUUAGGCUACGCCGUGAAAAAUAGUUUCCAUGGGCACACAAAUCCGAAAUGAUGUAUGCGAUUGAAAAAUGGAAUGCUUUUAACCGAAAGAGUCACCUAACAUGCAUGGUUCUUCAAUAUGCAUAGGCUAAUAGGCCUACUUGUUGGAUGCACAUUGGGUAUCCAGCUGUUUGGUCAGGCAUAGGGAUGUUGUCGACCAUCAGCUGAUCCAGGAAAUAUUUUUCUGAAUGACAGUCAAGUGACAAACAGCUGUUUACCCCUACAUUUAUGUUGAUUAUCUGCUAUUCUCAGCUUGAUUUACAGUAGGGUCUAGAAGAUUUCACAGACAAAGCAUCAAGUUAAUGAGUUAAUGUUUUCAUAUGUUUCUGUGCAUUACCUUGGAAACCGAGUCUAGGCUACUGUGCGAAUUGUGUAGGAUAACCUAGGCUGUUGCGCGAACACCCAACGGUAUUUUCCUUUCUGUUAUUCAGGAUAUUUAUUGACAUGUUUGGUGAAUUUGAAUGAUGUGAAUAAUGAUGAUGGUGAAAGCCCACUAACAGAUGGACUGCGAUCCCUUUAAUCAUAGAGGCUAUUUUUACUUUGUGUCUCUAAAAUCACGUUUCCAUUUUUAUUGUCAUGUGACAGUCUUGAUUUUCUUUUGAAAUGUCCAAAUAUCUGCCUUUUACCAGAUCUGAAUAUUUUCCCAUGAACUGUUUCUUUUCAUACAUUCGGUAGUCUAUGUUACAAAAUAUAAUAUUCUGCCCAUAUGAACAAAUGUAUUUUAGGCCAACUACAGCUACAUGAUUUAAUGAAAAGCAGCAAACAGACACAAUAUUAUGGUGUAUGUCCACCACCCAAAGGACAUCCAGCCAACUUGACAAGAUCCUACAUCUGUACUGCACUUAGGCCUACUGGACGUCAAUGCCACAGCACUAACCCCAGUGUAAACGCAUGUCAGUGGAUGGGAAAGCAGUGUCACACGAAUAGACAUUACAGGAUGUAAACAUUUUCAUGAAUAAGUUAAGUGCGCUGUCCCCGUAUUUUGAUGGGUUACCAUGACAACUGGCCUCAGACAUUGUCUCAUCGUAAAGGAUAACAUAGCCUAAAUGCUUUGCCAUUAUAUUUCUGUCCUCAUAAAGACAUCAUUGGAGUAGAACCGUAACAAUCCACAAAGCCGUGGGAAGUAGGGGUGCUUAGGGUGCUGUAGCACCCAAAAAAUAAUAACAAGCUUUUAUAUUUGAAAAGAAUGGGCUACUGGGCCUUUUUAAUAAUCUUGUGUUAGCAGACCGAUAUAGCCGUCUGCAGCACAGGCAACAACUUUCUUCCACCCCCCCAGCCAACUUGACACAACUGUGGAAAGCAUUUGAGUCAACAUGGGCCAGCAUCCCUGUGGAAAUGCUUUCAACACCUUGUUUGGCAUGGCUUGAUCGUAUGGUGCGUGGAGGUUCAUAGGGGAAGAGUAGAUCUGACAGGUAGGCGGGUCCGAUGCCAUUUAUGGCUUUGUAGAUGAGGCAGAGAAUUUUAUAGUCAAUUAUUUGAGAAACAGGUAGCCAAUGGAGAUCAGCAAGGAUGGGGUGAUGUGGGCUGACUUUUUUAGUUUGUCAGAAUCCUUGCAGCACUGAUUUGGAUGAGCUGUAGUUUAGGAAUUGAAUUUGCAGGCAGGCCCCCAAGUAUUGCGUUCCCAUAAUCAAUUCUGGAGAAAAGUAGUGCAUGGAUUAGCUUUUCUGCUUCAUAUGUGGUGAGAGAGAGUCUUAGGCGGGAGAUGUUCUUCAGAUGAAAGAAUUACGUUUUACAGAUGUGACUAAUGUGGCCAUUGAAGGAGAGAGCAGGGUCGAAUUUCACACCCAAAUUAAUGACGACCGAGGAGAGGGGGAUGAUGUGGCCAUCUAUGACAGGGCAGAUGCUGCAGGAGUUGAUCUGCUGGGGGGUGCCUAUCAGCAUUGCUUCUGUCUUGCUGCUGUUGAGUUGUAGGAAGUUGUUUUGCAUCCAAGAUUUGACCUCUUCCAGACAGUUGGACAAUGUUAACAGAGCAGAUGUUGUCAGGCUUUGUUUUGAUGUACACCUGUGUGUCGUCUGCGUAGCAGUGGAAUUGGACACUGUUGUCUGAAGAUCUGGCCAAGUGGGAACGUGUAGAGUAGGAAGAGGAUAGGUCCUAACACUGACCCUUGUGGGACACCGCAAGGGUCUUGCCUCUCCGAGGGUGACGUACUUCUUGCGUUUAGAGAGGUAGGAGGUGAACCAGUUUAGGGCGGUCCCACAGAUGGCAGUGUGCUCUCUGAGGUGCUACAGUAGAAUGGUGUGAUCUACUGUGUCAAAAGCAGCACUGAGGUCCAGAAGAAUCAAGAUGGUGUGGGAUCCUGUAUCUGCAGCCAUGAGCAGGUCAUUUACAACCUUCACCAGGGCUGUCUCAGUACUGUGCAUGGGCCUGAAGCCAGACUCUAGAGCCUCAUAAAGAUGGUUAGCAUAAAGAUGAUUGUCAAGCAAAUAACUGCCGGUCUCACGGUAAUUGACCGAAUGAACAUAAACACAUUUAGCGUCUCCUGUCUUCCACACAAAGCCUACAAGCCACUGAUGCAGACAUUUUGAACAUUUUAAAAAGUCUAAUAAAUCCAUGUAAUAUAGCCUACACCAUCACAAUAAAUCCAUUAUUUAUUUUAGACAGGUCUAAAGAAGCAUGAUAUGAAGAAAAUGUAGUACAUUUCAGAACAGAAUAGCAUACUCUGAGUUGUCCUGAUGUUAGGCCCUGAUCUGGCUAUGCCAUAUGGCUGUGGGCUGCACUAGUUCAUUUAGCAGACAAGAUUUGCUUAGAAUUCUGUGGAAUUAUUUUAUAUUAUUUUAUAGUAUGAAGAAUACAGUUGAACAUAGCUUAAUGAAAUAUAAAAUAUAUUUUCUAUAAAACGAUUUGAAGGAGUGCGCGCAUGCGGCUAUUAUGUGUUGAGUGGUUAACAAAGAAACAGGUACUCCUAUAUGCUUAAUUUAGAGUUAUUUAUGUAACUUUAGUCGUGAUACAAAUGUUGGGCUAUAUGUUUUGAUUUUUAAUACAUUCUAAGGCUGCAUGAUGCGACUAAUGAUGAUUUGAAAAAAGUUGCAUGAAAGGCAUGAGCUCUGCUUUGUUUUUUUGCGCAGGCUGUACACACUUCAUCAGUCUCUCAUUCACAAUUUGACAAGCACUUGAUAAUGCCUUGAAUUUCCCGGCUGCAUCCCCUUUGUGUGGCCGUAAUGCCCCCUAAGAAAAUCCAUGCCUUUUGCGGCCAGUGGCCGUUGUGACCUUGGGCUGAAUAUAAUAAUUAUAAUUCCCUUCUCCCGGCUGCGUGCUGAAGCACCUCUUACUCACAUGGCUCUCCGUCACGUGAUCGGGUCUUUCUCACAGGCUACAAGUGAAGACAGACACAUCUGGGACGCAACUGCGCGCGUCCUUAUCCAAUUCCGAGGAGAAUAUUGAAGAUAUUGGAAGAACGGUCCAUAUUUACUUUUCGUCAGCCAACAAGAUGAGUAGGCUUAACGAACAGCAAAAGCACUAGUCUAUGUCAACUAUCUACUAUCCCCCAUAGUACUUAAGUUGACCUAUUCUGUUCUGUGCGAGAAAUAAAUAUUCCAAACAUAGUCUGGGACAGUUGUGGGAUGUGAUAGAGCCCAAAUUAAUACAACCACUAGCAUCAAAAAACCUAUUUUUAAGCAAUGAGCCUGAUGCAACAGAUGAGAACAUUUAGCUUAAAUUUUGAUACACUAUUAGGCUAUUUCUUCACAUUAUAAGCACAGCAAUGCGCACACGGCAGUAGGCUAUAAGUGCGAGUGUUCCAUUAGCACGAAAACACCAUUCUCAAAAGUGACCACAAAUGCGAUUAUGCAUGUAAUGCUUUUAUUAUAAAGGUGCGUUUUUAUGGUGAAAAUUAUCUUCCCCAAACAUGAAACUAUGUAUGCCAGUUAGGCUCUACACCCGUUGUAAAGCGGAUUAAUGUGCUUCAUUUUAAGAAGUUAUUUGGCCACUUUAGUUGUGAUACAAACCUUAUCAAAACAUAUAGGCCUAUGGGCUACACUACAUGAGGGGUGCGACUAUGAUUUGAAAAAGUCAACAAAACAAAGAAGCAUGCGCUGUUUCUUGCCUUAAGCUGGGCAUCAUUCACAAGUGAUAAUACAGUGCAUUCGGAAAGUAAUCAGGCCCCUUCACUUUUCCCACAUUUUGUUACUUUACAGCCUUAUUCUAAAAUGAAUUUUAAAAAAUCGUCAUCAAUCUACACACAAUACCCCAUAAUGACAAAGCGAAAAUUGUUUUUUUGACAUUUUUGCUAAUUUAUCAAUUUAAAAAAAAAAAAAACGUAUUUACAUAAGUAUUCAGACCCUUUGCUAUGACACUCGAAAUUGAGCUCAGGUGCAUCCUGUUUCCGUUGAUCAUCCUUGAGAUGUUUCUACAACUUGGAGUCCACCUGUGGUAAAUUCAAUUGAUUGGACAUGAUUUGGAAAGGCACACACCUAUUUAUAUAAGGUCCCACAGUUGACAGUGCAUGUCACAGCAAAACCAAGCCAUGAGGUCGAAGGAAUUGUCCGUAGAGCGCCGAAACAACAGGAUUCUGUCGAGGCACAGAUCUGGGGAAGGGUACAAAACAUUCCUGCAGCAUUGAAGGUCCCCAAGAACACAGUGUCCUCCAUCAUUCUUAAAUGGAAGAAGUUUGGAACCACCAAGACUCUUCCUAGAGCUGGCCGCCUGGCCAAACUGAGCAAUCGGGGGAGAAGGGCCUUGUAGAGGGAUGUGACCAAAAACCAGAUGGUCACUCUGGCAGAGCUCCAGAGUUCCUCUGUGGAAUUGGGAGAACCUUCCAGAAGGACAACCAUCUCUGCAGCACUCCACCAAUCAGGCCUUUAUGGUAGUGGCCAGACGGAAGCCACUCCUCAGUAAAAGGCACAUGACAGCCCGCUUGGAGUUUGCCAAAAGGCACCUAAAGGACUCUCAGACCAUGAGAAACAAUAUUCUCUGGUCUGAUGAAACCAAGAUUGAACUCUUUGGCCUGAAUGCCAAGCGUCACGUCUGGUGAAGCAUGGUGGUGGAAGCAGCAUCAUGCUGUGGGGAUGUUUUUCAGCGGCAGGGACUGGGAGACUAGUCAGGAUCGUGGGAAAGAUUAACGGAGCAAAGUACAGAGUGAUCCUUGAUGAAAACCUGAUCCAGAGCGCUCAGGACCUCAGACUGGGGUGAAGGUUCACCUUCCAACAGGACAACGACCCUAAGCACACAGCCAAGACAACGCAGGAGUGACUUCGGGACAAGUCUUUGAAUGUCCUUGAGUGGCCCAGCCAGAGCCCGGACCUGAACCCGAUCUAACAUCUGAAAAGACCUGAAAAUAGCUGUGCAGCGAAGCUCCCCAUCCAACCUGACAGAGCUUGAGAGGAUCUGCAGAGAAGAAUGGGAGAAACUCCCCAAAUACAGAUGUGCCAAGCUUGUAGCCCAGUGGGCUUGUAGCCCAGUGGCCGCUUGAGAGCUCUCAGGUAGAGCACGUUAUGACAUCUUGCCUGGGUUUGUUUACAAAAAAGUAAAACUGUCGCCCCGACAUAUAAACAAAUUACAUAACUGAGUCUUGCUUUAAACCGCUAAACUGACAACCAGAAGUGACCACUUGUCCUUUUUUAAAUUUGUGUCUCACAAACUCACUGUUAACUCAGUUCCUUCCUUUGUGCUCAUAGUCUCCAAACAUGUUUCCCACAGAUCAGCAUCAUGACCCUGCGUCUGUUUGAGCACCUGAUCCAGAAGCCCAACCAGCACAUCCUCCACAGUCUGGUGCUACGUAGCCUGGAGGAGAGGAACUACCUGGAGAACAAGCCCCAGGAGGAGAGGGAGCCCCUGGAGAACGGCCAGCCCCACGACUUCAUGUAAGGGAUCCCUCCGCCGAGUCUGUCCUGCAUGGGCUCUGGGGUUUUAACUAUCUAACUGCAUUCAGAAAUUUACAUUUAGUGGAAAUAAAAUGAAUAAAAAGUGUAUUCCCUCAUUAUGUGCCACAAUACACAAUACUUCACAGAUGGUGUGUCCAUAACUUGGAACCAUUAAUGAAAUGGCAAUGCACUACAACCACCACCAAAAAUGACUUGAGCUUAGCCAUCAUGGAAUGUGAACAUAUGAAAUUAAUUUGUAUGGUUCCUCAGUAUGUUUGGGCCUAGUCCCUCGUGACCGAUUAAGCAUUCUCUGGCCAGCGCGCAUGAUGUUAGAUUUUGUUCUGGGUGCUGAGUUUAGUUGGGGCAACUAAUGCAAAUUCCAUGGAAUAUCACUCCUUAGUGAAUUCUGCCCAUUAUUUCUUCUAUCUGUUCACAUUAUGACAAACACAUAACCCUAAUAAGAGAGAUUUCAUAUCUGUGUGAACCACUGUCUCUUUGAAUUAGAAAAUGCAUUAACCACGCCUAGUAUCCAAACAUUAGGUUGAAAUCCCUAACAAUAUGAAAGCAUAGUGUCAGAGACUCCUCCUUUUGAUGUAAAAUCACUAAGCUAAUUGUAACCAAUUACCUUAGUGAUGUAAAAUGUAAUGCAUUUUACAUUGAAUGUGCCAACUGAUGUUUUGUUAUGUCUUUCAGAGACCUUGAAGAGGACCCUCUGUUUGGCGACGUCAUCUCUCCAGAGAACAGGUUGUCCAGCCCUGAUUGGUUGAGCAACUCCCCAACACAUAAUCCCUACCACGCUAAGCCUGAUGGAAAGACAGAGGUCCACAAGAUUGUAAACAGGUACACAGUCUUUCCUAGGCAGCAUGUGUCUUAUCUUGUUACAUAUUGAAAACUAUUUUUAGCAAGUAAGAUACAUGCGUCAUAUAACCCUAUUCUGUUUUUAUUAUGUUUAUUUCAGUUUCCUGUGUUUGGUCCCUGAUGAAGCCAAAUCCUCGUCUCAUGUGGAGGGAACGGGUUAUGACACCUACCUAAGAGAUGCACACAAACAGGUGAGUUCUCCAGGUCUCUCUCAUGUUCCCUAGCUUCUAAUUCACUGAACUCAAUAGAAAUCUGGGUUGUGUUCAUUAGGGUACACCAUUGGAAACCGUUUUGCACGUGUUUCUUAUUGUUCUUAUAUAAGUUUAGAUAGUAUCUCCCUGUGUCACUCGGUUUUGGACUGUUUGCUUCUGAUUCAAGCCUACUGAAUACCACCCUGGAUCUCUGAUUUGUAACUAACACUGAAUGGAUGGCAUGUUGUCUACCCAAUGUCAUAACUCAACAUUAUCAUUGUCCUCAUCUUUUUUUAGUUCAGGGACUACUGUGGGAUCUGUCAGAGAUGGGACUGGCGCGGCACCCCCAAGGCCAUGGAGAAGUGUGACCUGGACAGUCCCUUCUUCGAGGGCCACUUCCUCAAAGUCCUCUUCGACAGGAUGGGCCGUAUUUUGGAUCAGGUGAGUUUGAAGUCAAGGAAAGAUCUCAGAUUUCCAGAAGACUCUCCAUUGAAAGUGCUUCUUAGUCCAAGAUUAGGCUUAAUCUGUGUCAGGAAAACCGACCCAGAAUGUUCAGACUGGGUAUCAAUUGGAUCAAAUUGGAUUAAACACUUAAAUCGGCUUUGUGAGUUUAGCGAUAUUGUGGUGUCUAGAUCCAGACGCAUCAUGGUGCACUGUCCCUUCUCUGUCCUCCAGCCUUAUGACGUGAACCUGCAGGUGACGUCAGUGCUGUCCAAGCUGUCCCUGUUACCCCACCCACACAUGCAUGAGUACCUGCUGGAUCCCUACAUCAACCUGGGCCCCGGCUGCAGGUCCCUCUUCUCCGUCAUCGUCAGGGUAUGUUGAGGAAUCAACAUGAGCAGAUACUCAGAUACCCUCUAUUGAUCUUUCAUGAACUGAUAUUGAAGUGAAGUAAGGGAGGAAGUAUUUUUGUUGAGUAGAGUAAAUCUUGAGUAUCAAUUUAGUUAGUGCAAUUAUGUUCUAGUCACGUUUAUGUAAAUAUAACAAUUUCCACAAUAACCAGGUUUCCAUCCAAGCAUUUCAUUGCGAGUAAAGUACAUGUCGGAUAAAACAUGUCUUGACAGGCCUGAUGGAAACAGAACAUUUUCCGGUAAACUUUCCAAAUGUCGACAAAACAAAAUAUGCUAGACAAAGUGGGAUCUUUCUGUGUCGGUAAAAUGAAUUAAUGCGAGAAAUGUCGGUUGAACCGCUUUUUUGCGCAAAUAUUGAUGUAAUAACCAUCAUAUCAAAGUCAACUUGGAGUCACGCGAUGACAUGUUGUGUGGUCCUCCCACUACGAGUUGGGAAAGCAUGCAGUUUAUUAUGCUACAAAUGAAAUAAGUUAUGAUGAACUUCACAGGGUGGUGAAAGUGCAAGGUGAUGAGCAAGAUGCUCCUUUCCAAUCAAUAUUGAGGGUCUUAUUCUGGUGACUUGACAAAUAAAAACGAUCUCGUCAUAAUAAUCUCAUCAUGUAGGUUAUACGUGCGCUCUAGCCAUACGCUCUAGCCAUACGCUCUAGCCAUUACUGUACCUGUGAGCUGUUGGCUACUAGAUAACGCACAUUUUUCUUUGUGAGAAAACCAUCAGUAGAGUUGAAAAUGCAAUGGAAACCCAUUUAACUUGUAUUUUGUAUUUGGCACGUGGGAAUUUAACCGCAAAAUGUAUUUUUAAGUGCACUACGUCCUCACGCACAGCCUUUUAUCUGCAUUUGAUGGAAACAUCUCUGGUGGGAAAAUGUGCAUAUUGUUUUUAUGCUGAUUUUUAGAAUAUUUGCAUGAAAAUCUCUUGCCAAUUGAAUGGAAACCCAGCUAUUGUCAGUAUUGAACCUGCUCUGAGCCUUUAUAAUGUAACACUGAUUUGCCCCUGUACAUUACACUCUGUCAGGUGGUUGGGGACCUCAUGUUGAGGAUUCAGCGCAUCCCAGACUUCACACCCAAACUCCUGCUGGUAAGAAAGAGACUGCUUGGCCUGGAACCAGAGGGUUUGAAGUAAGUACUCUGUGAAAGGUUUCUGUAGUUCACAAAACAUAGUAAGAUGUGUUGAAUUCAGGUAGCAAAGAUAUGUUUAAGUCAGGUAGCUACUAGCCAGAUGUAUUUAACUUGAAGUGGAUGUGUUAAGAUUUGACGCUAUGUCUCUCUAAUCUUCCUUGUGUAGCAUUGACCACAUAGGCACAUUUAGUUCAGGUAGCCAGAUGUAUUUGACUUGAAGUGGCGGCAGGUAGCUUAGUGGUUAAGAGCGUUGUGCCAGUAACCGAAAGGUCGCUGGAUCUAAUCCCCGAGCCGACUAGGUGAAAAUCUGUCGAUGUGCCCUUGAGCAAGGCACUUAACACUAAUUGCUCCUGUAAGUCGCUCUGGAUAAGAGCGUCUGCUAAAUGACCACAAAAAAAAUAAAAAGUGUAUGUGUUGAGGUUUGACAGUGUCACCAGGGAUUAUUCUGCCAUUUAAAUCUUUGGGUGGGCCACCUAAGCGGUUUUUUGGGCUGCCUAAGUCCAAACAGUGUAAAAAAAAAAACGUUGAACAAAAAUAAAACAUAUAGGCUGUCAUCAAGGCAAAGGGUGGCUAUUUGAAGAAUCUCAAAUAUAAAAUAUAUUUUGAUUUGUUUAACACUUUUUUGGUUACUACAUGAUUCCAUAGUUUUGAUAUCUUCACUAUUAUUCUACAAUGUAGAAAAUAGUUUUAAAAAAUAAAGAAAAACCCUGGAAUGAGUAGGUGUGUCCAAACUUUUGACUGGUACUGUAUGUGUAUAUAUAUAUAUAUAUAUAUACUGAGUGUACAAAACAUUAGGAAUGCCUUCCUAAUAUCGAGUUGCACCCCCUUUUGCCCUCAGAACAGCCUCAAUUCGUCGGGGCAUGGACUAAAAUGUGUCAAGCGUUCUACAGGGAUGCUGGCCCAUGUUAACUCCAAUGCUUCCCACAGUGGUGUCAUUUUGGCUGGAUGUCCUUUGGGUGGUGGACCGUUCUUGAUACACAUGGAAAACUGUUGAGCGUGAAAAACCUAGCAGCAUUGUUUUGUAUACUCAGUAUAUAGUGAGGUCUGAAAUUAUUGACACCCUUGAUCAAGAUGAGCAUUUAUAAAAUAAAUAAUUCAAAUACGGUGCUAUAUUGUAUGCACAUUGUUUGGGGGAAAUGAUAUUAUUUUAUACUAAUACAGUUGCUCAGAGAAAGAGGUGAUGUUUAACAAGUGAUAAAAAAUGUUCUCUCAAAGGUAGGCGUCAAAAUUAUUGACACUCCUAAAGAUCCUUAUAAUGAAAGUAGCCAGAAGUUGAGUAUUUGGUCCCAUAUUCCUAGCACGCAAUGACUACAUUAAGCAUGUGACUCUACAGACUUGUUGGAUGUAUUUGCAGUUCGUUUUGGUUGUGUUUCAGACACAGGAGGUUGGUGGAACCUUAAUUGGGGAGAACGGGCUUGUGGUUAUGGCAGGAAUGGUGUCAAAUACAUCAAAUACAUGGUUUCCAUGUGUUUGAUGCCAUUCCAUUCCUUCCAUUCCAGCCAUUAUUAUGAGCUGUCCUCCCCUCAGCAGCAUUCCCCCCCCCAAUAUAAAUGAAUGGUAAAUCAUGUAUUGUAAUUUUGGAGUCACUCUUAUUUGUAAAUAAUUAUAUAAUAUGUUUCUUAACACUUCUACAUUCAUGUUGAUGCUACCAUGAUUAUGGAUAAUCCUUAACGAAUCGCGAAUAAUGAUGAGUGAGAAAGUUACGGAGGGUCAAAGAUCAUACCCCCAAGACAUGCUAACCUUGUUAUUGGUAAUGGUGAGAGGUUAGCAUGUGUUGAGGGGUAUGAUUUUUGACCCUUUGUAACUUUAUCACUCAUCGUUAUUCGCGAUUCGUCCAGGAUUAUCCGUAAUCAUGAUACGGAAUGGUUUGUACUGUAUGUUUCCCCAAAACUUUAUUAUACGUUCUUGAACAGACUGAGUUACUUUUGCUCCACUUGGUGUGUGUGGCGGGGUGUGGCUUGAAGCAAUGAUUUACGUAUUUAAAGGGCAGCGGCAAUGCUGACAGCGUUCCCCAACCCAAAACCAACCCCUCCCCUUUCCUGUGUAGCGUUGACCACAUAAACACAUUUAGGCCUAGUUCGGGUAGCCAGAAGUAUUUGACUUGAAGGGGAUGUGUUAAAGUUUGACACAGUGUCUGUCUGGUCUUUCCUAUGUAGCAUCGACCACAUAACCCUGCUGGAGGGGGUGAUUGUACUGGAGGAGUUCUGCAAGGAGCUGGCUGCCAUUGCCUUUGUCAAAUUUCACGCGUCUGCCUCCACCUCCCCCUAACCCAACCUCCAAGGCAAGGCAGAUCAGGACUGGGGGGGGGGGUU